GAUAUCUGAACCAAAAUAUAACAGAUGAGGGACUCCGUAUAUUAAUGACAAGACUAAGUUGCGACUUCUGACUUCAUAUUUCUACCACCCACGGAGGUCGAGCUCAUCACCUGAGAUGUUUUUAUUUUCCAGUUAGCGGUCAUCGUCCUUUUCUUAACCAUCUAAAACAGCCAGGCGAGAGGGCUGCCAGUCAAGAUGGACACCGCCGAAGAAGUAGACAUAUGUCGAGUAUGUCGGUCAGAGGGGACUCAGGACAAGCCUCUCUUCCACCCCUGUGUCUGUACUGGCAGCAUCAAGUUCAUCCAUCAAGAAUGCUUGUUACAGUGGCUGAAACACAGCAGAAAAGAAUACUGUGAAUUAUGCAAACACAGGUUUGCAUUUACACCAAUAUACUCUCCAGACAUGCCGUCUCGAUUGCCAGUCCAGGAUAUCUUUGCAGGGCUGGUCACCAGUAUUGGAACAGCCAUUAGAUAUUGGUUCCACUACACACUGGUGGCCUUUGCCUGGCUGGGUGUGGUGCCCCUCACAGCAUGUCGUAUCUACAAGUGUUUAUUUACGGGCUCUGUGAGCUCCCUUCUUACCCUGCCGCUGGACAUGCUGUCAACAGAGAAUCUGCUGGCUGAUUGCUUGCAGGGCUGUUUUGUAGUGACGUGCACACUGUGUGCUUUUAUCAGCCUGGUAUGGCUCAGAGAACAGAUUGUCCACGGUGGAGCCCCUCAGUGGUUAGAGCAGAACCAGCAGCCUCCUGCUCCCCACCGGCCUAAUGGCCCUGCACCAGCCAAUGAGGACCCAGGUGGUGAUGUUGCACUGAACCCCCAGGCUGUUCCAGAGGGCCAAGUUUUCCAGCCCCCUGCUGUGCCAAAUGGACCAGGGGAUGCUGACCCACAUGAACCAGCUGCCCAGGGAGAUGAGGCUGAGCUGGAGAAUGAGGAAGAUGAUGAAGAAGAAGAUGAUGAUGAUGAAGAGGAGGAGGGAAGGGAAGAGGAUGCUGCCGACGGCAACAAUGGAGGUCAAGAGGAUCUUAACUGGAAUGCCCUGGAGUGGGACCGUGCAGCGGAGGAGCUGACCUGGGAAAGGAUGCUCGGUCUGGAUGGCUCCCUAGUUUUCCUGGAACAUGUCUUCUGGGUGGUGUCCCUGAACACUCUAUUCAUCCUAGUUUUUGCAUUCUGCCCAUAUCACAUUGGCCAUUUCUCAGUGGUUGGACUUGGCUUUGAGGAAUAUAUUAAAGCAUCCCACUUCGAUGGCCUUAUCACCACUAUAUUGGGUUACAUCCUUGUGGCUGGUGCGCUCAUAGUCUGCCAUGCUCUGGCUGCAGUGGUGAGUUUCCAGCGGUCGAGAAGGCUCCUGGGUGUCUGCUAUAUUGUUGUCAAGGUUUCCUUGCUGGUUGUCAUGGAGAUAGGUUUAUUCCCACUAAUUUGCGGUUGGUGGCUCGACAUAUGCUCACUGGAGAUGUUUGAUGCAACUCUGAAGGACAGGGAGACGAGUUUUGACUCUGCUCCAGGCACCACCAUGUUCCUACACUGGCUGGUGGGCAUGGUCUACGUCUUCUACUUUGCCUCUUUCAUCCUUCUGCUCCGAGAGGUCCUCCGGCCAGGUGUUCUGUGGUUUCUGAGGAACCUGAACGACCCGGACUUCAACCCUGUCCAGGAAAUGAUCCACCUCCCUGUCUAUAGACACCUUAGGAGGUUUAUACUCUCUGUGGUGGUGUUUGGUUCCAUAGUCCUGCUGAUGCUGUGGUUCCCUAUCAGGAUCAUUAAACUUCUCCUACCUGCCUUCCUGCCUUACAAUGUCAUGCUCUACAGCGAUGCCCCUGUCAGUGAGCUGUCGUUGGAGCUGUUGUUGCUUCAAGUGGUUCUGCCAGCACUGUUGGAGCAGGGUCACACACGGCAGUGGCUCAAACGACUGGUCCAUGCCUGGACAUUUACCGCUGGAUACAUGCUUGAUCUUCACUCCUACCUCCUUGGUGACCGUGAAGAUGACGACAACCAACCAAACAACAACAAUGCUCCUGGCCACCAUAACAAUAACAACAGAAUCCCUGGUCUAGGGGAGGGACUUCAUGCUGCCCAUCAAGCCAUUUUGCUGCAAGGUGGGCCAGUAGGUUUUCAGCCCUACCAUCGCCCUGUCAAUUUCCCCCUCAAGGUUGUUCUACUAGUUGUCUUCAUGUGUGUGACGCUAUUAUUGGCUAGUCUGACAUGCCUCACAGUGCCAGUGUAUGUGGGUCGCUGGCUCAUGUCUUUCUGGAUGGGCAGUGCUACAGUUCAUGAGCUCUACACGGCUGCCAGCGGCCUGUAUGUCUGCUGGCUGUCCAUCCGGGCCGCCACCGUUCUGCUGGCCUGGAUGCCUCAGGGGCGAACUGUCAUCAUGCUUAAAGUCCAUGAGUGGACGCUCAUGAUCUUGAAGACCAUGCUGGUAUCCUUGCUUUUAGCCGGAGUGAUCCCUCUGCUGCUGGGUUUGCUGUUUGAGCUAGUCAUCGUUGCUCCUCUCAGAGUCCCUUUAGACCAGACACCUCUCUUCUACCCAUGGCAGGACUGGGCCCUUGGUGUGCUCCAUGCUAAAAUCAUAGCUGCCAUCACACUCAUGGGCCCCCAGUGGUGGCUGAAAACUGUCAUCGAGCAGGUGUACGCUAACGGUAUCCGCAACAUCGACCUCCAUUUCAUCGUGCAAAGGCUGGCUGCUCCAGUCAUCUGUGUCCUGCUGCUGUCUCUUUGUCUGCCCUACACCUUCUCUAAAGGUGUCGUUCCACUUCUGGGUGUGAAGUCAGACAUGCAGACGCUGGUUGACAGGCGGAUCUAUCCGUUUCUUCUGAUGGUGGUCAUGCUGCUGGCCAUCCUGUCCUUCCAGAUUCGACAGUUCAGACGUCUCUACGAGCACAUCAAGAAUGACAAGUAUCUGGUUGGCCAGCGGCUGGUGAACUAUGAACGUAAGAGUGGCAGGGGUACCCCAAACUCCUCCUACAGUACCUCCUCAUAGGCAGUGGACCGGGAUUAGGCUAUUAGACUCAUGCUGACACUCUGUUCCUGGCUGGGAGCUAGCAGCCUUGACUUGGAUUCAGGUCCUACAAUAAGGUCUCUUGAAUACCGUCUCCUCUUUGCCUGGAUGUUCAUGUCAACGUCAUGGUUUGAAUAUCUCUACUCCACAUUUUGAGCACAGCCAAAGCCCUCCACCCUCUUACCUUUACCGCAUUUACAGGCUGUGUAACAAAGACUUACUGAAACAGAAAAGCACCGAGUACGUGGAGGAGUCAUGCCCUCAAAAUGCUGGAGGGGAAAAGGAAAAAUGCAAAAUGAGAUCUAAAACCUACGUGCUAAGGCCACAUUCACACAGAAUCAGGCAAUGCAGUGCCUUGCCAUGGCAGUGCAGACAUGUCACUACAUGGCCCAUUGUGAUCAAUGAUCGCCACAAUGGGCUAUGUAGUGACAUAGCAGCGAUCAUGGCCCGCAUGGGCGUCUUCAGUUUAAUCACUGACUUACGUGAUGGGCCACCGCAGUGUGAUGUUGGGUUGCGUUCCAGCAAAAGUUAAAUCUUUCUUGCUGGACACCGCUGUGUUUUGUUUUGUUUUUUUGCUGAACCCCCGUGACACGCACUGCCACAGCGUAAGCGCACUACCCUCAUUCAAAAUGAAUGGGAGGACUUGCGUUUUUGACGCAUUGCCUGACUAUCUGAAUGCAGCCUAAAACUGCCAACUUAAUGGAAGACACUCACAGCAGCCAGCUAAUUAUUUACAUUGUGAUUCUAUUAUUUGAUCAAGGAGGUGUGGCUCCCCUUUUAAAAUGUACUUUUGAACCUCUUUUUGUUGAUAGAAAGUGAGUCAGAGAGAGGAUGUCCUUAACAUUAGAGUGUUUUUUAAGGAGAUGUGGACAUAUCUUCUUCAUAACAGGACUGGGACUCUGAGCUUGUGUGUCGUUUUAGAUUUACGUCUCAACUGACGCUCAUCGUGGAAGAAAGCAAUCACUUUAAGACUGCAGCUGCUGAGAAACAGGGACACAAAGCAUGCGCUGUUUGUUUUUUUGUUUUUGUUUUUUUACAUAUUUAUUAGUUGUUUUAUUUCACUAUUUUUAGUAUUAUAUUUCUGGAGUAAGCUGCCAGUUGCUCUCCAAAGAUGCUUUUGAACGAAAGGAAAAGUUGAAAAAUGAAAGUGGAAUUUUAUUUAUUUUUUUUUUACUGAAAAUAGGGUAAUAUUUUUUCUCUUUUCAUUUAUACUUUUAAAGUGAAAUUGGGUUUGAUGUAUCCUCCUGAAAUACAGUAUAGUAAAUGACAAGUACGUUUGGAAAGAGGGAGAAAACGUACUUGCAGAAGAGCUGUGGCUGUGUCCUUUCUCAGACCAAGUGAAGUUUUUCCUUAAGAGAGUGUAAUAUCUAGUGCAUCCUCUUCACGUGUAGACAUGUGUAGACGUAAAGACAAAGUGCAUGAAAGUGGGUGAAUCAGAUAUUGCAAUCUCAGUAGAUGGACAAAAUGUAGAACACCUAGAGAGCUUCAAAUACUUAGGUUCAGUUAAGAAAAAUGACGGUGAUUGUACAGAUGACAUAAAAACCAGAAUUACCCUAGCAAAGAAAAGAAUGAUGGAGAUGGUACAAAUAUGGAAAGAUAGGGGGAUAAGAAAAGAAGUGAAAGUCAAUCUACUUAAAGCACCUGUCUGGCCAGUGUUGUCAUAUGGAGCUGAAAGUUGGACGUUGAAGAAAGCGGUGGUAAACAGGAUUGAGGCUACAGAGAUGUGGCUUUCUCGUAGGAUGCUUCGAAUAAGUUGGACAGAGAAACGAACGAAUGCGAGCAUCCUAAAUGAAUUAGGAACAAAAAGAGGACUAUUGGCACAUAUUAUCUAAAGAAAGCUAUCAUUCUUUGGGCAUACCUGUCAUCCAGGUGGAAGUACAUUAACGAAGACAGCGAUUUUAGGAAAUGCACCAGCAAAGCGCAAGAGAGGCUGAGCAAAAACGCAGUAUCAUGAUGACGUCAAAGAAUGGAUUAGUCUGAAAAUAUCGGAGGCAACAAGAUCAGCUCAGGACAGAAAGAACUGGAGGAGACUUGUUUGGCAAGCAUGUCAUCCUGAUGGUGCUGGCAACCCUCGCUAACGAGGAAGCCUUGAAGAAGACUCUUCACGUGUGCAGCUAAUUUGUCCAAACUGCAAAGAAAAUGUCCCUGGAAUAUUUGGGAGCAUGUGCGUAUGCAUAUUUCAUAUUUUUAAACAAGUUUUGGUCCAGGAUUUCCAUACAUUUCAGUUAUCAAACAUUUCACAGAGAGCACUUCUGUUUCCAAGAGGGGGUCUAAAACAAGUGGGUGCACUCGUACUUUUGGCAUGGCUGACUUCAUUUUCUUCCCCUGGCUGAGACUAAAAGAAUUCCCUUUUUCGCUGCAGUGAUUUCUCACAAGGAGUUUAGCCAAAGAAAGUAAUAGAAUGAGUUGCUUUUUUCUUAUUGGGGUAAAAUUUCAAGAUUUUUAGAAGCUUAUCAGAUUUGUCAGUUGAGAUCUAGUCAUUAUUCUCCAAAUUACAUUCAGGUCCUUUCAAAUCCUUCUGUCACAUAUUACUUAUUACACUUAAUAUUUAUGGAAAAACAUUAAUUUGCCAGUGCUGUGAGUGUAAGGUAUUGUCAGCGGAGGCCAUUGCCAAUCCUGUAUACGCAAAAUGCAAAGCAUUUUGAAUGUCUAUUGAUCAGUAUGACAGAUCUAAACCUAACUUAACCUUUUCUGGCUGCUAUUAUAAAUCUAAUUCCUAAGAAUGGUCUCAAUUUUGAUGAGAGUUGUUUGAUGCUCUGUUUUUUAUGCAUAAUUUUCAAUCUGUUGAAAUUUCAAGUCAUUUCAGAAUCUACUGUAGCACUGUAAAGGUAGUUUUUGUAUUUUUUCUUUUUCUUUUUUUUGUUGGUCCCCAUUGAGCGUGAAUGAUGUCAAGUGUUUCACAGUUGUGACUCCCCACAGGUCAUUAAUUUCGCUUCCCAUGGAGUAAUGAAUAGGUUUUUGCAUCUGGUUUUGACACUGCAGUUACGUUUGUCAAGGAUUUUGGUAAAUGUAAAAUUAUUUUCUUCUGUUAUGGAUUAUCAGUCACAACAUGAUGGAAUGCGAGUUUCGCAGAAUUGGUAAUAUUAUUUCAUGGCCAAGAGUAUUGGAGGAAUUUUGGCUAUAUGUCAGAACAGCUCUUGUGAUGCUGUGUGGAGUGCUGAUGUUUUACAAGUGACCUUUCAGUAUCAUCCUGUACAGAGCCACUGUUCACCUUUUGGUCUUUUACUGCAGUUUAUAAAAUAAAAUAACUAUUUUUAUAUGUGCAUGUAUAAGACUGUGGUGUGUAACAUUAAGGUAUGCUUUACCAUCAGUUGUUGGCAUAGGAAUACUAAUUGGUAAUAAAUAGCAAUACUUUACAGAGGAGUUGUCUUUUAUGUGAAUAUAGUACUUGAUGCUAAUAUUAAUUUCGCUUCCCAGGAAGAAAUAAAUGAUUUUUUUUGCAUCUGGUUUGACAGUACAGUUAUGUUUAAUGAAGGAAAAAGAUUGCAUUAUAUUGACUGUUGCUGGGAUUUGGUUUUAUAAAAAAAAAAGAAAAAAAACCCAGCUCUUGAUCCUGGCUUGAAUGACAGUAUUUCCUCCACACCAGGAUAAUUAUUUUACUGUUGCCAAGUUGCAGACUGA